GCUUCAGUCUUCCAUUCCCUACCAUCACAUCGCUUCAGAGAACGGCAAGAUCGCAUCCAUUUUUGGUUGAAUUUGAAAUGUUUAGCAUAAGAAAAUCUGAUUCUUCCAUUUUUUUAAUUUACUGUCUUUGGAGUCGGUGUGUCACUGAAAGACGCGGGCAUGUACUCGGGCAAAGAAGCUUGUAAAUAAAAAAAAAGAAAGGUAAUCGGAAGUGGAAAGAUUUUCUUUUUGCUGAAAUAAAGAUGAUUUGUGACAAAAGAGAGAUCAUCAAGCUACAGAGACAGUAACUUAAGCAAAGGUACCAAGCGAACGGUUUGUUUACAGCAGAGCAUUUGAAGAUCUUUAAUCAUGCCUGUUCGAAGAGGUCAUGUUGCGCCACAAAACACAUUUUUGGGCAUUAUUAUACGAAAAUUCGAAGGACAAAAUAAAAAAUUCAUAAUAGCCAAUGCAAGAGUACAGAACUGUGCGAUCAUCUACUGCAAUGAUGGAUUUUGUGAAAUGACUGGCUUUUCAAGACCAGAUGUCAUGCAGAAACCCUGCACAUGUGACUUUCUUCAUGGCCAGCACACCAAAAGACAUGACAUUGCCCAAGUCGCCCAAGCUUUGCUUGGCUCUGAUGAAAGAAAGGUGGAAAUAACAUAUCACAGAAAAGAUGGAUCCAUUUUCAUGUGCAGCACUCAUAUAAUCCCAGUGAAGAAUGAAGAAGGGGUAGUGAUGAUGUUCAUUCUAAAUUUCGAUUAUGUGUUGGAUGAAGGAAGCAGCGACUCUUUAGAGAGACUUAACCACACCUCGCCUGCCAAAUCUGAGCACCGAAAGGGAAGAUUUUUCAGAUUCAGAUUGCCCGUCUUGAAACUUCUGGGUGCCAGCAAGCAGUCUCUCCCGCAAGAAGACCCAGAUGCUGUUAUGAUUGACUCUCCAAAGCAAAGCGAUGACUCUGUUGCCAUGAAGCACUUUAAAUUACCCACAAAGGAAAGUUGUAGCCCCUCAGAUGCUGAGGAUACAAAGGCACUCAUUGGUUCCAGUCAGUGCCCACCUCUGGUGAAUGUGUCAGGACCUCUGGAUCAUUCUUCACCAAAACGGCAAUGGGACAGAUUGUAUCCAGAUAUGCUCCAGUCUACCACAUGCCUAGCCCAUACAAGAUCAAAGGAGAGCAUCUGCAGCAUGAGAAGAGCUUCAUCUGUCCAUGAUAUUGAGGGCUUUAGCUCCAACACUAAGAAUGUUUUCAGGGAUCGACAUGCAAGCGAAGACAAUGGUCGCAAUAUCAAAGUUUCCCGUUCCUGGAUGGCAGGGGGUCCAUUCAACCAUAUCAAAUCAAGUCUGCUGGGCUCUACAUCAGAUUCAAACCUCAACAAGUACAGCACUAUCAACAAAAUCCCUCAGAUAACACUGAACUUUUCUGAUGUUAAAAAUGAAAAGAAGGCAGCGUCUCCUCCUUCCUCUGAGAAAACCAUUAUUGCACCAAAGGUCAAAGACAGAACACACAAUGUCACAGAAAAGGUUACACAGGUGCUUUCACUGGGAGCAGAUGUUCUGCCAGAAUACAAACUUCAGACUCCACGCAUCAACAAAUUUACCAUUCUUCACUAUAGUCCUUUUAAGGCAGUCUGGGACUGGCUGAUUCUUCUAUUAGUUAUAUAUACUGCCAUAUUCACGCCAUAUUCUGCAGCAUUCCUAUUAAAUGACCGAGAGGAACAAAAGAGAAGAGAGUGUGGAUAUUCCUGCAAUCCUUUGAAUGUUGUAGACUUGAUAGUGGAUAUUAUGUUCAUCAUUGACAUUCUCAUCAACUUCAGAACAACCUAUGUCAACAUUAAUGAGGAAGUGGUCAGCGACCCAGCAAAAAUAGCGAUUCACUACUUCAAGGGCUGGUUCCUAAUCGAUAUGGUGGCAGCAAUUCCUUUUGAUCUACUUAUAUUUGGAUCAGGGUCUGAUGAGACAACCACUUUGAUUGGGCUCUUGAAAACAGCAAGACUGUUGCGGCUGGUGAGAGUGGCUCGUAAGCUGGACCGCUAUUCUGAAUACGGUGCCGCAGUACUGAUGCUGCUUAUGUGCAUUUUUGCACUAAUUGCACAUUGGCUUGCUUGCAUUUGGUAUGCCAUUGGAAAUGUGGAAAGGCCUUAUCUGGUGCAUAAAAUUGGCUGGCUUGAUUCACUCGGGAUACAGAUUGGGAAGCGGUACAACUAUAGCGAUGCCAGCUCUGGACCCUCAAUUAAGGACAAAUAUGUUACUGCACUGUACUUCACCUUCAGCAGUCUGACAAGUGUUGGAUUCGGCAAUGUGUCUCCAAAUACCAACUCUGAAAAAAUUUUCUCCAUAUGCGUCAUGCUGAUUGGCUCGCUGAUGUACGCCAGUAUCUUUGGGAAUGUGUCAGCAAUUAUACAGAGGCUGUAUUCUGGCACAGCAAGGUACCACAUGCAGAUGCUUCGGGUGAAAGAGUUUAUCCGAUUCCAUCAGAUUCCUAACCCUCUUCGGCAGAGACUGGAAGAGUAUUUCCAACAUGCUUGGACAUAUACUAAUGGCAUCGACAUGAAUAUGGAGGUCCUAAAGGGGUUUCCGGAAUGUCUGCAGGCUGAUAUUUGCCUUCACCUCAACCAGAGCUUGCUUCAAAACUGCAAAGCUUUCAGAGGAGCUACCAAAGGUUGUCUGCGAGCUCUGGCCAUGAGAUUUAAAACCACUCAUGCUCCUCCCGGAGAUACGCUGGUGCAUUCUGGAGAUGUCCUGACUGCACUGUACUUCCUGUCUCGGGGCUCCAUUGAAAUCCUGAAGGAUGACAUUGUUGUUGCAAUACUUGGGAAGAAUGACAUUUUUGGGGAAAUGAUUCACCUUUACGCAAAACCUGGAAAGUCCAAUGCAGAUGUCAGAGCAUUAACUUACUGUGACUUGCAUAAAAUUCAAAGAGAAGAUCUAUUAGAAGUGCUUGAUAUGUAUCCAGAAUUUGCUGACCAUUUCUUGACUAAUUUAGAACUCACUUUCAAUCUACGAGAUGACAAUGCAAAGGCAGACUUCUCAGAUACUAACGACUCUGAUGAGGAGGAUGGCAAAGGACGCAGACGAAAGAUUUCUUUUAACCGCAAAACAGACACAGUUCAUACUGACUGUGAUUCUACAGGGGAAAAUACAGAAGAACAGGAAAAUAACAAAGCGCAGGAGAAGCUGCCUUAUCCCCAGUGUUCAUGGAAAGAGUCAGAAGAAAGAAAAGAACCUACAUUAUCUUUUUCUAACUCUGGAGAUGAAGAACAGAAGCAGCUGUGUUCUGGAAUCCUCGGCUACCCUUCCAUAAUGGACCAUACGCCUGGACUGGGAUUUGUCCAGACAAGUGAAGUUGAAUCCAGGAACAGAAGGAUAGAAAGGAGUCAAUCUUACAAAGAUCUUCGAUGUGAAGAAUGGGACUCUGAGAAGUCUAAGGAAUAUCCAGAUGAUUCAGCACAAUCUCAAGUUAUGAGGGGCAUCUCAGAAACAGAAAGUGAAAUUACAUAUGGAGAAGUGGAACACAGGUUAGACCUGCUUCAAGAACAGCUAAAUAGACUGGAAUCACAGAUGACAGCUGACAUCCAGGCCAUUCUUCACUUGCUGCAGAGGCAGUCUGCAUUAGGGCCUCCUGCAUACAGCACAGUGGCAGGCAGCUCAGAGUAUCACAGGCCUGCCAUUCGGGUUCAGCCUGUAGCUGCUAUAAGAACAGACAGGAGCUUUAGUGUAUCAUCGCAGAGCCCAGAACUCUUAGACUUGGAAAAGCCCAAUGUAAAAUCCAAAGAAUCUUUAUCCAGUGGAGUCCAUCUGAACACAGCAUCAGAGGAGAACUUAGCUUCGCUUCUGGAACAGGAAACUGAACAGGAAGAUGAACAUGAACAUAACCAAACAACUCCAUUUUAUCAGCCUCAGUCCAAAUUUUUCCUUCUUCCAAUCCGCCACCCUUCCCUGCCAGAUUCUUCCCUAAGUAACGUAGGAAUGUUGGGACUCCACAGGCAUGUUUCUGAUCCUGGUCUUCCUGGGAAAUAAUCACACCUCAGAUCGCUCGCAUUACUGUUAUGUCUGUCCAUUUCCAAUAUAAAUUAAAAUCCUCUUAAGUUUGACUCAGGGUCUAGAAGGAUAAUGUCAUAUGCAAAGAAUACUGUAGAUUUUCCUAAAAUUUUUAGUUUCUUAAUUUAGUUAAUAAAAAGGUAAAAAUAGUAUCAUGUAUAUAUUUCAGAUGUAACACUGCCAGCAACACAAGGCACCUUACAUGCUUGUUUCAGAAAAGAAAUGCAUGUUUGGAAGUGUUUUAUGUUGCAUGAAGUUCUGAAUAUGAUUUAUUUCAAGGGGAAUCUGAUUUGGUGUUCGCAUGUUUUCUAGGCAAUGAAUAAAGCUUUUAUAAAAAUCUAUAUAGGAUACAACUUACUUGAACCAAACUUUGUUAAAAGCACAUAUUUGAAUUUAAAUGUCCAAAUAUCACAUAUUUUGCUUUUUACUAAGAAAAUCCAGGUCAUAUUUUUAAUACUUCUGUAAAGUGAUCCAAUCUAUGGUAUUCCUGAAAAGUUUUAAAUAAAUAGCCAAUAAGCAGACUUGUAAACCAGAUGCAAUAUUGUGCCUAAACCUGGUCACAAACCCCCUUUUCAAUAUUUUACGCAUCCAAAGUCUAGGAAGACUAAUUGUAUUCGGAUAAACUGUACAUACACAGUAAUGACCCAACUGUAUUUGUAAGUUAAAUGUACAGCUUAUCCAAAAAGAAGAAAUAAUAAAUAUAUCCAAAAUGCCUAAAGUAAUAUUCCAAAUAUUAGUAUUGGAACUAAUAGCAUUUUUGCAUUUUAAUACCCAUCACUGUAUUUUGAAAGAGGUUAUUUUUAAAAUACUUUAUUUAUGAAGUGUAAGUAAAAUGUUUUAAAUUGCACCACUAAAUCCAGCCCUGUGCUUUGUAAGCAAUAAUAUUGAUGUUCCUCGUUUCCAGUUGACAAUCUUAUUGGGCACUUCAGCAUUACCAUGGAGAUCACCAUUAACAGAAAUUAUUAAGGUUGUGAAUUUUAAAAGUAAAAUUAACUUUCUGGAUUGAGAAACAGUAGAACUUCAGGGAAACAUCUGGCAUUAAGUACGUUUGAACAACUUGCUCAAAAUUGAUUAAAAUAUAAUUUGCUCAUGCUAAACUGAAGGUUUAAUAUUGUUAAGAUCAGCCAAUCCACAAACAGCCAAACUUUGUCAAUUCAUAAAAUGUCUUGAAUAAACUUUAACAAGGGUGUGCAUUUUAUCAUUUCAUGAACCAUUUCAUAGGUGUCCUACAUCUGUACACAGAGAUAAGAUAUUGUGUGGAAUAGGAUUGGUUGAGAGAGAGAUGUUGGAUUUUCCACUUUUAUUUUAUUAUGUUAUUACAUACAGAAAGCGAUGCACAGUAAUACACUUUUGAUAAUUGUCAUCCAAUGGAUGGUGAACAUGUACAGUAUUUGCUUUCCAGAUUUCAUUCCUUUUUAAUUAGCAAAGUUGAAGUUUGUUCUCAAACAAAGAACAUAAGCUAACACCAUUUUCAUGAACCUGCAUGUUUGAGAAAAAGGGGUGCUCAACUGCAUCAGCCGUUUUGGAAUGGCAAAGUUCAGGUAGGUUGGUUUUCAAUUCAACCAAACCUAAGCUUCUCCAUCCUUUACCAAAGCUUGUCACCAUUCAUUUUCUCUGUAUCAAAAUCUGAAUUUUAAGAACUGACAAGGGAUUUAGUUCUAAGCAACAUUGUCCAGAUUUGAAUUUCUAUUAACAAUCAAUAGCAACAAUGUUCAUGUUGUCAAUAGUGGUAAAAUGAACCCAGAGGUUUGACAGAGGCACAAUGGUUUGACAAAGGCAUUGGUCAGUUUCUGGGUGGUGUAUCAUUCCUCAAGUUCCUAAAGAGUUAACUUACCACAGUUCUUUUCAAAGAUGAAAAUCUACCCAAAUGUUUUAGCACUGGUUUUGGAUAUGUUAUCUAUCCUUCACAAGAUUUUAACUACUCUUGAUUUUACACAAGAAAAAAUGCAGCUAUUUGUUCAUAAAUGUAUUUUUUAUUUUGCUUCAGUAUACUGUAUUACUUAGAUAAUGGCAUGUGAAAAAACCAAUGGUGUCUUGACAAGUCCUCCUUCUUUUACAGUGAAAAGCAUAAGUCAUUGUGACAAUGCAGUGAAAUGUAUCAUUUUGUGCUAUGUACAAGUGAAAGUUGUAUUUCAGAUCAAAAGAUAAAUAUGAGGAAAUAGUACAGAAUGGCAGCUUUCUUGGAAUUUGUGUGCAUACAGUACAUGUUUAGUCAUGUUAGAAGAAUGGAAUUUGUUGUUUGCAAUCCCUCUCCGAUUUUAGAAGAGCACACGAGCACAAUUUGGGACAAAUUAACUUAAACUACUGUUUAGUUAGAAUUUGGUCACAUACCCCUGAUAUGCUAAAACUGCUGGAACCAUCAUCACCAGCAUUUUCUUGAUCUGUUCCUUUGAGAUGCUUGGCCAAGUCUCACCCAAAAUAAUAUCCAAAAACAAAAGCUUACAUUCAAUAGUUUUGCCUCAUACUGAUCUUGUGAUCUGAAAUACACAUCGCAUUAGUGCAAAGCAAAAAUCACAACUUUUACUGCACUGUUAACUUUUUACUUUGACCUCUUCCCUUACCUUCAGACUCCUGCUUUUCUCAAUUUCGCUCAACACUUAGCAGGCCUCAAAAUCUUACGUAUCACUGAGAAUUCCAAAUUCUACUGCUUUUUAAAGAGCAAAUAAGAUAAUAUCAUGAGUAUGAAGUUCACCCCCCACAAUCCAUAGGCCGCUAAUCCAUUAUUAUUUAUAAAACAUUUUUGUACAUUUGUAAUUACAUACCCUUUUGACUGAAUCAUUAUAGCAGUACAAAAAACAACAUGUAUCAACUAUUCUAGCAUGUUUAAUAAAUUAACUUACACAUACCCUUAUAUAUAUAUAACGUAUAUACUACUAUGGUCAAAAUCCACAAUAGUCCUUUGUGUUGAAAAUAAGGAAUAUCCCCAUAGUCUUUUUUUUUCCUGAAAAAUAAAAAUGUAUAAGUUGCAAGACAUGUUAUAACUUGUUCAUGACUCAUCACUCUACAUACAUCAGCUUUAGGCCUUCCUUUUAAAAUACCCUCUGUUAUGCAAAGACAUUUUUGGAACUCUCCCAACAAAAAUAUUUGCCACAUCGAAAAUAUAAAAUUGUCCAUGAUGAUGCUUGCUCCAAAUUAGGCUUAGGUAACCUGUAUAAUACAUUCUUGGGGACUAUGUAAGAAAUUAUAACAUUCAUAACCCAUUCUUCCAAAAGACUUAAUGGGCACAUACAUUUUCUUAAUAACCCAAAUCCUUUUGAUAACCCUAACCCUACUUUGUUCAUAAAUGCCAGUCCCAACCUUAACCAUAGCUUUAAACCUAAAACAUAAUGUUUUAUGAACACCUUGUUCAUAACACUUGUUACAUGAUAACUUGUGUAUAUGUAUACAAGUGUGUGAAUACUUGUGUAUACAUAACACUGUUAUGCAAUUCUGCAUACUUUGUAAAGGUUGAACAUUUUUGUAAUGUCACUGUGUUGCAUCUAAGAAGGUAUUGUGCAAUUUAGAAGCCACAUUCCUUCACUGAAAUUGGUGGGACGAUGGACAGAUGUGACAAAGUCUGUCUCAAAGGAAGUGUUAUCUUGUCCAUUUCAUGAAAGAGGCAGCAGACUUACGAAUGUCAUGAAAAUAAUGAACAAAAAGAAACAAUAGGACAUACGUGAUGUGGAAAUCACAAGGAAGCACAUUUAAACCUGAUUACAGGAAACCGUUUUGUACACAGAGGGUUGUGGGAGUCCUGAACAAACCACGUUGCUAAAGAACAUACCUUUGGUUCUUUCAAAAAGUGACAGGAUGAUAUCCUUAGAUCGAUUAUCUGAUAGCAACAAAACAAGACACAUGGACAAAUUAGUAUCUUCUCAUUUUAACUAUCGUUCUUAUAAACAUCAAACGUGAGAACUUCUGAUGUUUAUACUGGUAGUUUGAAAGUAAAUGUGAUAUAUAGUUUGUUAUAUUCCUCAGUAGAAGCUGCCCAUUCAUGUUAAAAAGGGGCUGGGGAUUUAUGUGGCUAAUAGUUAAGAACAUUUCUUCCAUCACCUUUUUUUUUGUUUCAUUAAAUGAGCAGGAUUAGUUUAACCACUUCAUAAAACUGGCAAUUUCAGUUAGUCUAGAACGCACUCAUACAAAAUGUUACAAGUGAACAGCUAUGAUAUGAAGAGUUCUGCAGUAUUUCAUGAACAAUUUUAAUGAAAUCCUUUUUUUUAAAUGUAUCAAUAAAUGUAUUUAUUAGGAAACAUAUCAAAUGUUUGUAUGGCAAAAUUGUACCUAUCAAGAAGUAUGGGUCUGGUACCUGUACUACUACAAAGGCAAUUAAGGCUUGGAGCCACUUCAUUAAAAAAAUAAACUGAUGGUGUAGCUGUGCUGAAAUUGUUAAGAGUAACUGGCCAGCAGACAGAUCAACAGGAUAGUUUCUUACAAGGCUUUUAGAUUUGCCUACUUUUGCACAUAUUUCAAACUGGUUGUAUUGAGGAAAUGUCACUUUUUAAUCUCCUAGUGCGUUACACAAUUGUUUUUAUGUAUUUAUAAAGUUUGCCACUGUAUAAUAUUUUAUACAAUGCAACACUUUACAGCUGAUUUGAAUGUUUCUGUUCCUAAAAACAAUAUUGUGUGUAUUAACACAGUUGAUUUAGGUAACAACUUUUGAACAAUUGUAUAAAUAAAACAUAUACGGUAUACAAUCUUUUGUUUAUUGUUUUGUGUUAACAUAAAAAAUACACAAAAUCCAUUAACGUUUAAUCAAGUUGUUCUGUGUUAUAAACUAUUUGAAAUAGGUUGCAUUUGUAGCUAUUAACAUAAAGCUUAAGGUAGCAACUGAUCAAAGAAAAACAUUGUAACAGUUAAUAUGAUUAGCAGAUUCCCUGUGGUUCACAUUUUUUAAUUAUUAGCAUACAGCAGACAAAAAUAACAUUGAACAUCCCUUUUGGCCUGCUUAGAAAUUAAAAAAAACCCUUGAUACACUGAUUAACAAGUUAUCACAAAUGUUGCUCUAACACUGAAGCACUGCAG